GCGGGCACACCCAGGGUCAGGAGACAGGGCUGUGGUCUUGCUAAUUUAAAGUCCUGGAGUCCCAGACUGGUUCUCAGUGCCUGCAGGUACAGCUGCAGCCAAAGCUUUGAUUCCAGAGACAAGAACCUCUUUGGACAAAGGGCCAGGCAACAAUGGCUUCCUGUCCACCCUUUAGUGAACUUUAUCCUCCUAAUGAAAGCUCUGAAUGGGGUGAGAUGCACAAAGAAAGUCAACUAUAUCCCAGAACCUACAAGAUCCAUGACUCCCAGCAUAUGGUGUGGGUCCUGACAGGAAAUUCUCUAAUAGCAGUGCCUGCUAGCAACAAUGUCAAGCCUGUCAUCCUUAGCUUGAUAGCAUGUAGAGAUACAGAAUUCCAAGACAAUGAAAAAGGUAAUCUAGUUUUCCUGGGAAUCGAGAGCAAAAGUCUCUGCCUCUUCUGUGCUGAAAUCGGGGGCACACCAACUUUGCAGCUUAAGGAUGUAGACAUCAUGGACAUCUACAAUGAGAAUAAAGCACAGAAAGCCUUUCUCUUCUACCACAGCACAGAGGGCUCCACUUCUGCCUUUCAGUCAGUCGCCUAUCCUGGCUGGUUCAUAGCCACCCCUUCCACAGCAAGACAGGCAAUCAUUCUCACACAGCAGAGGGGUGAAGUUAAUAACACUAACUUCUACUUAGAGUCUGAGAAUUAGAAUCCAGCAUGGGACAUAUGUGGCUGAGUCCAGGACAAAGACUCAAAUAGUUGGAGAAUCUUUUACUUGAAAACACAGCAAGGCAUCUUAAAAGACCACCACGUCACCUCUUCUCCAGACAUCCAUUUCUGAAAUGCCUCAUCUGAACAUCAUUCCAGUGUGAAGCCCAAGAAUCACUUUCAUCCUUUCCUGAUCUUGCCUCACCAUCCGUUCAGCUACCACGUACAGUCAAGUCACCGUCUUCUUACAUGCAACUCUCCCUCCCUGUGCUCACAGCAGCCCAUGGUGCAGAGAUGUGGAUUCCAAGCAGUCAAUGCAAGAGUCUUCCUUCUUAACUUUAUGUAUGUUUGUUGUAAAUAUGACAAAUACCUAAAAGGUAAAUAUCAAGAAUGAGGCAAUAAAUAUAAAAGAACA